AUGACAGUCACCAGGACUCACCACCCCAAGGAGGGGCCCCUCAGAGCACCUGCCACACCCCUGCAUAGUGCUACGGCUGAGUUAUCCUCAAGUCAUCCAAGAGGCCCAGAAGCAAACCUGGAGGUGAGACCUAAAGAAAGCUGGAACCAUGCUGACUUUGUAUACUGUGAGGACACAGAAUCUGCUCCUGGAAAGCCCAGUGUCAACGCAGAUAAGGAAGUUGGGGGUCCCCAAAUCUGCCGUGUAUGUGGGGACAAGGCCACUGGCUAUCACUUCAAUGUCAUGACAUGUGAAGGAUGCAAGGGCUUUUUCAGGAGGGCCAUGAAACGCAACGCCCGGCUGAGGUGCCCCUUCCGGAAGGGCGCCUGCGAGAUCACCCGGAAGACCCGGCGACAGUGCCAGGCCUGCCGCCUGCGCAAGUGCCUGGAGAGCGGCAUGAAGAAGGAGAUGAUCAUGUCGGAGAAGGCGGUGGAGGAGAGGCGGGCCUUGAUCAAGAAGAAGAAAAGAGAACGGAUCGGGACUCAGUCACUGGGAGUGCAGGGGCUGACAGAGGAGCAGCGGAUGAUGAUCAGGGAGCUGAUGGAUGCUCAGAUGAAAACCUUUGACACUACCUUCUCCCAUUUCAAGAAUUUCCGGCUGCCAGGGGUGCUUAGCAGUGGCUGUGAGUUGCCAGAAUCUCUGCAGGCCCCAUCGAGGGAAGAAGCUGCCAAGUGGAGCCAGGUCAGGAAAGAUCUGUGCUCUGUGAAGGUCUCUCUGCAGCUGCGGGGGGAGGAUGGCAGUGUCUGGAACUACAAACCCCCAGCCGACAAUGGUGGGAAAGAGAUCUUCUCCCUGCUGCCCCACAUGGCUGACAUGUCAACCUACAUGUUCAAAGGCAUCAUCAACUUUGCCAAAGUCAUCUCCUACUUCAGGGACUUGCCCAUCGAGGACCAGAUCUCCCUGCUGAAGGGGGCCACUUUUGAGCUGUGUCAGCUGAGAUUCAACACAGUAUUCAAUGCGGAGACUGGAACCUGGGAGUGUGGCCGGCUGUCCUACUGCUUGGAAGACACUGCAGGUGGCUUCCAGCAACUUCUACUGGAGCCCAUGCUGAAAUUCCACUACAUGUUGAAGAAGCUGCAGCUGCAUGAGGAGGAGUAUGUGCUGAUGCAGGCCAUCUCCCUCUUCUCCCCAGACCGCCCAGGUGUGGUGCAGCACCGCGUGGUGGACCAGCUGCAGGAGCAAUUCGCCAUUACUCUGAAGUCCUACAUUGAAUGCAAUCGGCCCCAGCCUGCUCAUAGGUUCCUGUUCCUGAAGAUCAUGGCUAUGCUCACCGAGCUCCGCAGCAUCAACGCCCAGCACACCCAGCGGCUGCUGCGCAUCCAGGACAUACACCCCUUUGCUACGCCCCUCAUGCAGGAGUUGUUUGGCAUCACAGGUAGCUGAGCGGCUGCCCUUGGGUGAUGCCUCCGAGGGGCAGCCAGACUCAAAGCCCUCUGAGCCGCCACCCCCGGGCCAAGACAGAUGAAUACUGCUGAGAGCCAACAAUGCCCUGCUGGCCUGUCUCCCUAGGGAACACCUGCUAUGACAGCUGGCUAGCAUUCCUCAGGAAGGACAUGGGUGCCCCCCACCCCCAGUUCAGUCUGUAGGGAGUGAAGCCACGGACUCUUAUGUGGAUAGUGCACUGACCUGUAGGUCAGGACCAUCAGAGAGGCAAGGUUGCCCUUUCCUUUUACAAGGCCUUGUGGUCUGGAGAGAUAUCCCUCAGAACCCACUGAAGUGUCAAGGUGUGGAAGGAACCAAGCAACCAAGGCUGGGCCAUCUGGGGUCUAUGCCCACAUACCCACGUUCGUUCGCUUCCUGAGUCUUUUCAUUGCUACCUCUAAUAGUCCUGUCUCCCACUUCCCACUCAUUCCCCUCCUCUUCUGAGCUGCUUUGUGGGCUCCAGGCCUGUACUCAUCGGCAGGCGCAUGAGUAUCUGUGGGAGUCCUCUAGAGAGAUGAGAAGCCAGGAGGCCUGAACCAAAUGUCAGAAGCUUGGCAUGACCUCAUUCUGGCCACAUGAUUCUGUGUCUCUGCAUCCAUUUGAACACAUUAUUAAGCACCGAUAAUAGGUAGCCUUGCUGUGGGGUAUACAGCAUUGACUCAGAUAUAGAUCCUGAGCUCACAGAGUUUAUAGUUAAAAAAACAAACAGAAACACAAUUUGGAUCAAAAGGAGAAAUGAUAAGUGACAAAAGCAGCACGAGGAAUUUCCCUGUGUGGAUGCUGAGCUGUGAUGGCGGGCACCCGGUAUCCAAGUGAAGGUUCCCGAGGACAUGAGUCUGUGGGAGCAAGGGCACAAACUGCAGCUGUGAGUGUGUGUGUGUGAUUUGGUGUAGGUAGGUCUGUUCGCCAUCUGAUGGGGCCUGGGUUUGUUCCUGGUGCUGGAAUGCUGGGUAUGCUCUGUGACAAGGCUACGCUGACAAUCAGUUAAACACACCGGAGAAGGACCAUUUACAUGCACCUUAUAUUUCUGUGUACACACCUAUUCUCAAAGCUUAAGGGUAUGAAAGUGCCUGCCUUGUUUAUAGCCACUUGUGAGUAAAAAUUUUUUUGCAUUUUCACAAAUUGCACUUUAUAUAAGGCAUUCCACACCUAAGAACUAGUUUUGGGAAAUGUAGCCCUGGAUUUAAUGUCAAAUCAAGGCAAGAGGAAUUAAAUAAUGAACUU